AUUUAUUCAGGGGGAUGCAAAAUAGUAAUUGUUCACCUGAUCAUUGCACUUUUAGUUCCCUAAUGCAUGCUUGUGCUGAAUCAUUUGAGUUUUUGUAUGGAUGCGUGGUGCAUGCUUUUAUUGUGAAAACUGGUUGGAAUGUGGCAGUGGAGGUGAAGAAUUCAAUUUUGAGUUUUUAUGCAAAAUUAGGAUGCCAAACUGAAGCUAUGGAGGAGAUUGAAUCAAUUGGGACACUCACCCAGGUGUCUUGGAAUGCUAUUAUCGAUGCCCAUAUGAAAAUGGGAGACAUCCAUGAAGCAUUUAAUGUGUUUCAGAAAGCACCUGAUAAGAAUGUUGUUUCUUGGACAUCUAUGAUAGCAGGGUAUGCCAGAAGUGGGGCUGCAGAACAAGCUCUUACAUUUUUUGUUGAUAUGAUAAAAAGUGGGGUACUUCCUGAUGAUUUCACAUUUGGAGCUGCGCUUUAUGCGUGCUCAAGUUUGGCUGUUCUAGGGCUAGGCAGAAUGGUCCAUGCUUGUGUGGUUCAAAACGGUUUUCUUGUUCAUGCAUAUGUUGGCAAUGGCUUGAUUAACAUGUAUGCUAAGUGUGGGGAUAUUGAAGGUUCAAGCUGGGCAUUUCAUGAUAUUCUUGACAAGGAUCUGGUAUCUUGGAAUGCAAUGCUGUUUGGGUUUGGGAUGCAUGGAUUGACUACCCAAGCUCUGCAACUCUACGAAGAUGUGGUAGCAUCUGGAGUGAAACCAGACAGAGUGACCUUCAUUGGGUUAUUGAUGACUUGCAGUCACUCAGGGCUUAUAGAGAAAGGGAAAGCCUUUUUCAAACUAAUGGAGACAGUUUACAAGCUUCCACAUGAAGCAGAUCAUGUAGCUUGCAUGGUGGAUAUGCUUGGUCGAGGAGGGUAUUUAGCAGAAGCAAAGGAGUUGACUAAAAGGUAUUCUCUCGCAGGUAAUGCCAGAGCCACCUCCUGUGAAGUCCUGCUGGGAGCAUGUUCUGCACAUGGGGAUGUUAAAACAGGGACUUAUAUUGGGGAAGAUUUAAAGAUUUUAGAGCCUGAUAGAGAGAUGAGCUACGUGUUACUGUCAAAUUUGUACUGUGCAAGCGAGCAAUGGAAUGAAGCAGAGAUGAUAAGGAAAUCAAUGGUGGAUCAAGGAAUAAAGAAAAUGCCUGGUUGUAGUUGGAUUGAGUUGAGAAAUAAGGUGACAACAUUUGUAGCUGGGAACACUUCACAUAUAUACACAGAAGAGUUGUCAAACAUUUUAUGCUGCCUUGAUUUUCAAAUAAGAAAUCAAUGCUAUAGUGGCUUUAAGAAGUGAAGGAAAUCUAAUGCAUGUGUUCUAUACCAGGUGAAA